AAAAUAGGUUUAUUCCCCAUGUGUUUAUUCACAUACUCACCAUUUUAUUACGUCUAUGUUCUCAUGAAUGGACUGCUACUCUAAAUACACACACAGACUCACCACUCACACUGGGGAUAUGAUAGACAUCAUUCGCACUGUACAGACCUUCCUGUAAUUGCAAACACAGACCUGCUCAGGGGCUUUAGCUGGAGUCAGACUUUAAAAUGGUGACGACGCCUCAUGGACAUUUUAGUUUUGAUGCAACACUUCCAGCAUCUCAGAAGCUGCUGAUCUCAGAACAAACUAAAAUAUUUCCCCAAAGAUACAGUCUGGAGAGGUCAGAGGUCAAAGGUCUGAUUCAUUCAGGCUAAUGGAAAGGUCAUCUGUUCCCCAGGCGGGUCUCUGGAAGGCAGGGAUACCACGCAUACCUUCAUUACCAUGGAGAUCAGCAGUGAAAGGUCAGACUUGGUUACCGUGGAGCUCAGCAGUGGAAGGUCAGACUUGGUUACCGUGGAGCUCAGCAGUGGAAGGUCAGACUUGGUUACCGUGGAGCUCAGCAGUGGAAGGUCAGACUUGGUUACCGUGGAGCUCAGCAGUGGAAGGUCAGACUUGGUUACCGUGGAGCUCAGCAGUGGAAGGUCAGACCUGGUUACCGUGGAGCUCAGCAGUGGAAGGUCAGACUUGCAGUGCUAUCUCAUAGACUAGUAAUAAAGGUCUGUGUGUUCUGGGAGUCUGGCACGUGGCUGUGACUUGUUCAUGCUAAAUGGCGCAAAUCCAGUAGUUCCAGUGGUACAGGCCAACGCGGCAGAGAUGGAGGUCAUUCUGAUGACAUUUUUCCUGUUUCCAACUCAUCAACUUUAAGAACUGACUGUUCCCUUGCUGACUUAUAUAUGUUAAUAAUAAUAUCCCAGUCCUUAUGUAUCAAAGAAUUAAUACAUUUUUCAAACAGACUUCUUUACAAGCUCGGGUGUGUGUGCGCAUGUGUGUGUGCAGGUAUCUGAUGGACCAGCUGGCUCUAGCACUGCGAGGAGGUGGCAGUAGUGUCUUCUGUCCUGGCGAUCAGAAGGGGAAGUGGAGGCUUCAGCCUGGAGUCACAUUUCUGUUCUUCAGCAGUCACACACCCUGUGGAGACGCCUCCAUCAUCCCCAUGACUGACAGCCAGGCACAGCCCUGCCCCCCAGUGAUGGUGGAGGACAGCUGCCCUGAGAACAGUCAGGUUUCAGAGAGAGGACAUGUGAGACAGCGUGCAGAGAGUGCACUAACAACAGAACGCAAGCGUCUCAAAGUUGGAGUGGAGUCCCCUCAACCUGGAGAACAGUGCCCCCUGGGGGCCGAGUGUGAGGCUACAGAAGAGAAAUCCAGUGAAGACGUGGGAAGCAGACUGCCAGCAUGCAUCUGGGGUGAGCAGCUGCCUGACCUCCACCGUACUGGGGCCAAGUGUGUGGCAGGAGGCCCCGAAGACCCCCUGCGGCCCGGGCUUGGAUACCACAGAGUGGGGAUUCUGCGUGUGAAGCCUGGCCGUGGAGAGCCCACGCUGUCUCUCUCUUGCAGCGACAAACUGGCCCGCUGGACUGUGCUCGGCUUCCAGGGGGCGCUACUUUCCCACUUCCUACAGGAUGGUGUCUACUUCAGAGCUGUGGUGGUGGGGAAGUGUCCAUACAGCCAGCAGGCCAUGGAGAGAGCACUGAGCAGAUGUGCACAUGUGAGGGGUCUCCCAGCAGGGUUCUCCCCACAGCCUCCAGAGCUGCACCAGUCCACCCUGGAGUUCCUGCACAGUCGCCCACACACACAGCAGUCCCACAGUUCCUCUCAGGCCAGGAUAGUGCCGUGUGGAGCAGCUAUAAGCUGGUGUGAUGUCUCCACUCAGCCUCUAGAUGUCACUGCUAACGGCUACAAGCAAGGAGUGACCAGAAAAGCACGGGGGACAGUCCAGGCCCGCUCCUCCAUUAGCAAGGUGGAGCUCUUUCAUUCGUUCCUGAACCUGAUGUCUGUAACUGAUGCCUCUCAGCUGCCGGAGUCCCUCAGGGGGAAGCAGCUCAGCUCGUACUGGGACUAUAAACAGGCGGCAGAAGAAUACCAGCAAGCCUGGGCCCUGCUGCGUGCUCAGGCCUUUGAACUGUGGCCCAGAAGCCCCCGGCAGAUGCUCCAGUUCAGCAGAGAUGUCUCUCUGGACUAAUUCAAGGCUUCCUUUGUUUUAUUUUUUUUAUUGGUUAGGUCAUCCAGCUACCUUACCUUUCAAAUAUUUUUCUUAAAUAUUUUUAUACAGGGGAAAAAGAUAAAUUAAAACUUAUUACUGUAUAUUAGUGCUUAAAACAAUAUUAAGCACAUCUAAUAAUACUGCAAUACCAUUCACAAAAA